CUGGGCCAUGGUGCUGUCGCGGCGGGUGCAGCCGCAGCAGGCGGAGGCGGCGGCGCGCGAGCCGCGGGGCCUGGCGCUGGAGAUGGAGCGGCUGCGGCAGGCGGCGCGGGACCCCCCGGCCGGGGCCUCGGCCUCGCCGUCGCCGCCGCCGUCGGCCUGCUCGCGCCAGGCGUGGAGCCGCGACAACCCGGGCUUCGAGGCGGAGGAGGAGGAGGAGGACGAGGCGGACGAGGAGGUGGAGGGCGAGGACGGCGGCAUGGUGGUGGAGAUGGACGUGGAGUGGCGGCCCGGCGCGCGCAGGGCGGGCGCGGCGGGCGCGCGCGGCCGCGGGCUCGGGGGCUUCCCCGGCGCGGGCGGGCGGCGGCGGCGCGACGAGCCGGGCCCGCCGGGGGGCAGCCCCGGGCCCGCCGGGGACCUGCGGCCGCGCCACCGGCCCCGGGACGCGCCGCCCGCGCCCCCGGCCUGGCCCGAGAGGCUGCGACGCGGGCUCCGAGGCCUGUGGGGAACCAGCCUCAUGCAGGAGGGCAGCGCCGACCGCGAGCAGUACCUGCAGAGCGUCCUCCGGGAGCUCCUCACCUUCCUGCUGUUCCUCAUCGUCCUGUGCAUCCUGACCUACGGGAUGAUGAGCUCCAGCGGCUACUACUACACCCGCCUGAUGUCGCAGCUCUUCCUGGACACGCCGGUGUCCCGGACGGACAAGGCCACCUUCAAGACUCUCUCGUCCAUGGAGGACUUCUGGAAGUUCGCAGAGGGCGCCCUGCUGGACGGGCUGUACUGGGAGGCGCCGCCGGGCACCGGGCCGGACGCCGACGGCCACGGCUUCAUCUACGCCGAGAAUCUGCUGCUGGGGCAGCCCCGCCUGAGGCAGCUCCGCGUCCGCAACGGCUCCUGCGCCGUCCCCCAGGACCUGCGCGAGGAGAUCACCGAGUGCUACGACGUCUACUCGCCCGCCAGCGAGGACCGCGCCCCCUUCGGGCCCCGCAACGGCACCGCCUGGACCUACUCGAGUGAGAAGGCCCUGAACGGCAGCAGCCACUGGGGCCUGAUGGCCACCUACAGCGGCGCCGGCUACUACCUGGACCUGUCGCGCGUGCGGGCGGAGGCGGCCGCCCAGGUGGCCACGCUCAGGAGGCUCGGCUGGCUGGACCGGGGGACCAGGGCCGUCUUCGUGGACUUCUCCGUGUACAACGCCAACAUCAACCUGUUCUGCGUGGUCAGGCUGCUGGCCGAGUUCCCGGCCACGGGCGGGGUGGUCCCGUCCUGGCAGUUCCAGCCCGUGAAGCUGCUCCGCUACGUGACCACCUUCGACUUCUUCCUGGCGGCCUGUGAGAUCGUCUUCUGCUUCUUCAUCCUCUACUACUUGGUGGAGGAGACCCUGGAGAUCCGCAUCCACAGGCUGCACUACUUCCGGAGCUUCUGGAACUGUCUGGAUGUGGUGAUCCUCGUGCUGUCAGUGUUCGCCAUCGGGAUCAGCGUCUACCGGGCAUCGGGCACUGAGGGGCUGCCCUCGCGGCUGGAGGAGGCGGGCGCCCUGCCCUGCCUGGAGCACCUGGCCUACUGGCAAGCCCAGCUCAGCAGCCUGGCCGCCGUCAUCGUCUUCUUCGUCUGGAUCAAGCUCUUCAAGUUCAUCAGCUUCAACAGGACCAUGAGCCAGCUGUCCACCACCAUGUCCCGCUGCGCCAAGGAGCUGUGUGGCUUCGCCAUCAUGUUCUUGGUCAUCUUCCUGGCGUACGCCCAGCUGGCCUACCUGGUCUUCGGCACGCAGGUGGGCGACUUCAGCACCUUCCAGGAGUGUAUUUUCACUCAGUUCCGUAUCAUUCUGGGGGAUAUCAACUUCGCGGAGAUCGAGGAGGCUAAUCGCGUGUUGGGACCACUUUAUUUCACUACAUUUGUGUUCUUUAUGUUCUUCAUUCUUUUGAAUAUGUUUUUGGCCAUCAUCAACGAUACUUACUCCGAGGUUAAGUCUGAUUUAGCCCAGCAGAAGGCUGAAAUGGAGCUCUCGGAUCUUAUUCGAAAGGGCUGCCACAAAGCCUUGGUCAAGCUGAAGCUGAGGAGGAACCCCGUGGACGACGUGUCCGAGAGCCUGCGGCAGGCGGGCGGCAAGCUGAACUUCGACGAGCUGCGGCAAGACCUCAAAGGGAAGGGCCACACGGACGCGGAGAUCGAAGCCAUCUUCACCAAGUAUGACCGGGACGGGGACCAGGAGCUGGCAGAGCACCAGCAGAUGAGAGACGACCUGGAGAAGGAGAGGGAGGACCUGGACCUGGGCCCCAGCUCCCUGCCCCGCGCCCUGAGCAGCCGCAGCUUCCCCCGCAGCCUGGACGACUCGGAGGAGGAGGAGGACGAGGACAGCGGCCACAGCUCCCGGCGCCGGGCCAGCAUCUGCAGCGGCGUCUCCUACGAGGAGUUCCAGGUGCUGGUGCGACGCGUGGACCGGGUGGAGCACUCCAUCGGGAGCAUCGUGUCCAAGAUCGACGCCGUGAUCGUGAAGCUGGAGAUCAUGGAGCGGACCCGGCUCAAGAGGAGGGAGGUGCUGGGCAGACUGCUGGACGGCGUGGCCGAGGACGAGCGCCUGGGCCGUGACAGCGAGAUCCACCGCGAGCAGAUGGAGCGGCUGGUGCGUGAGGAGCUGGGCCGCUGGGACUGCGAGGACCCGGCCGCGCCCCCGGGCCCCACCGGCCAGCCACAGCCCCCGGCCUCCCCGGCGCCCUCCGCCGACCCCGACCCCCGCGGCUAGGGCCCUGCACCCGCGCUUUAAUUUAUUCUGGGUAGGAACCGCCAGCCAGCAGGGCGCGCCUCUCAGCACCAGGGGUGGAUACCGGGCAGUGCUCCCGCCACCCACUAGGGCUCCCACAGUGCUCCUGAGCCCCUCCUGCUCUGUGCUAGGGGCACCCUGAGAGUGCUCCCAAGUUCCUGUUCUGUGCUAGGGGCUCCCGACAGUGCUCCCUAGCUCCUCCCACUGGAACACCCCAACAGUGCUCCCGGGCUCCUGCUCUUCUGGGGCACCUGACAGUGCUCCCAGGCUCCUCCCGCUCUGCUGGAGGCACCCACAGUACCCACAUGCUCCACCCGCCAGACCUCGCUGGCCCUGAGCCCACUGUGGGCUUUGCCCCCCGUGUGCGUCUCCACACGCCCGGCACAGCUGUCGGGGCCCAGCCAUCAUCCAGAGGCCCCGGGGGAGGACUCCAGAGCCGGGAUUGGGGUCAGGGCGGAUGGCCGGCACGCUGCCUGUUCGUGCUUUUUCCGUCCCUGAGUCUGCGGGGUUGAUUCUCAACUGUGACCGUGACACAGUUUUCAGUCUUAUUUAAAAUGAGCUUCACGGAAACCCCCGCGACCAAGUCUGGGUUGGUCCCGUUCCUUCCCUGAGCGCAGAAGCGGGAGGAGCCCGUCACCUCAUGACGUUCCCUGCUCACGUCGUGUUCAUUCAUUCAUUCGUUUGUGAAUUAUCUCAAUGCGAGUCUCUUCGCUGGAGGCUGCUUUGACAUCACGAUCCAUUAUGGAGACAAUGUACGACGAUAUUCGGCGUGCACUGAAGGUUUUAACUCAGCAGAUAACUUCAUCUCAACAACAAAAAAACGUUACGGGAGUCUUGAAAUUCACAGAAGAACAGGAAACCAAAGUGUGCACCCGCGAGCACUCCGGGCUCCGGAAACGCUCACCGUCAGACCGAGCCUGGAAGCGGGAGAGAACGUCGUCCCCCCCUCACCCCCCACCCAGGUGCCCGCCAGGGUCUUGGCAGCCGCGGUGUCUUUCCACUGUCCUACAUUCCAUUAGAAGGGGGUCCGGGGGAAGAAGCCCACUCGUCAGUUGUCAGAUGCUGUUCCCAAGUGUCCGAUGACUCCCCGGGUCUCGGGGCAGCUUUGAUUCCCGCCCCGUUCGCUGGAGUCGUCGUCAAGUGGAAGCCCGGGGUCAGCGCCCACGGGGGCGCCCCUCCGAGUCUCCCCAUGCCCCUUCUCUGCCCCUUCCCACCUUCCGAAUAUGCUACACAAAGCGCUUUUAUUAGCCGGUACCCAAGUUCCGUUUUGGGAAUGGAACUUCCAGUAUCUGUAUUUAUAUGUAUGUGCAUACCACGUUCCUCUAUUUAAACAAACUUCGAUUUGAAGGGCAUCGUGAUGUGGGAUCCAUAUAUGCCGACCGUGUACCAUGUAUCAGUUAUGGUCACUACCAAGCCGUCCUAGGAUAUUGACUGGUAGACUGAUUUUUUGGUGUCAUCUGUAAAAUUAUGCAAAAGUAUUUCCUUUUAACCGUGAGUUAUAUUUUUCUUUUCUUUCUUUUUUUUUUUUCUGUCAGGAAAAUUCCCUCCUUCCCCUCCCUAUCAUCUUACCAUCUACAUUAAGAUGUUACAUAUGCAAAUGUUUCUUGAUAAUCGAGGAUCUCAUUCAUGUGUAAUAUUGAGCACUUUACUUUUUAAUAAAGACUUGUUGU